AUGACAAGGACAAUUGCAAUGACAGCAGAAAUAACGACAUUAAGAAAAACAGCAGCACCACAAAUAACAACAAUGGAAACAAAGAUAACAACAAUAGAAACUACAACGAAAACAAUAACAACAAUGGCAACAGCAACAAUAGAAAUAGGUUCAACAGGAACCACAACAAAACCAACAACAACAACAACAACAGCAGCAAUAGGAACUACAACAAAAACAACAACAACAAUGGUAACAGCAACAACAGGAAAAUUCAGAAAUAGGUUUAACAGGAACUACAACAAAACCAACAACAACAACAUCAAUAGGAACAAGAAUAACAAUAAUAGAAACUACAACAAAAACAACAAUAACAAUAGAAAUAGGUUUAACAGGAACUACAACAAAACCACCACCAACAAUAACAACAACAAUAGGAACAAGAAUAACAACAAUAGAAACUACAACAACAACAAUAGAAAUAGGUUUAACAGGAACUACAGCAAAAACAACAACAACAACAACAACAACACCAGUACCAAUAGAAAUAGGGUUAACAGGAACUACAACAAAAACAACAACAACAACAAUGGUAACAGCAACAAUAGAAAUAGGUUGAACAGGAACUACAACAAAACCACCACCAACAACAACAACAACAAUAGGAACAAGCAUAACAACAAUAGAAACUACAACAACAACAAUAGAAGAACUACAGCAAAAACAACAACAACAACAACAACAACAACAACAACAAUAGGAACAAGAAUAACGACAAUAGAAACUACAACAACAACAACAGCAGUACCCAUAGAAAUAGGUUUAACAGGAACUCCAACAGAACCCACAACAGCAACGGGAAUAAGAAUAACAACAAUAGAAACUACAACAAAAACAGCAAAAAUAGAAAUAGACAAUAACACUAACAAUACUACGAACAGGAAUAACAACAGCAGGAACACCAACAAAAACGAUAACAACAACGAUAUAAAUAGGAAUAAUCGGAACUACAUGAAAACCAACCACAAUAACUACAAUAGGAACAAGAAUAAUAACAACAGAAACUACAACAAAAACCAGAACAAUUGGAACAGGUAUAAAAUCAUCGGAAAAUACAACGAAACAGUAACAACAACAACGUCGACACAACAACAAUAG